GUUAACUCCUCCUCCAUAAAUUUAAAUUCUCCGCCUGACCGCAAUAAAUCCUCCCUUUAAAACCAUGGAAACUAUCAACGAGCCAAGAAUUUUAUACAGAGAGUUCUUUCUGGAAACAGCUUUUCAGAGAGCUCACAACAGCUGGAAGCACCAGACAGCGCAAUUAAGCCCAAUGCAGUUUAAUUCAGAUUGGGAAGAAACCCUAAAUGACAUCGACGAGCUGAUACAGUCUGAGCUAGGAUGCUCACUGUCAGUCCUUUCUCCGUAUGAUGCAGCGCAUCUUUCAAACAAGAUUGAAUCGCGAGAAAGUUAUACGCCAUUUAAGACCAAGACGAGCUCGAGCGACCCCUCGAAAUGGAAUCUCUCAGGCAAUAUGAAUAAGAUCGUUCAUGCUCCUCAGAAGUCCACUGCAGCCAAGGCUACUGGACAUGUGAACAACAACAAUGAGGACAUUGUGGAAGUGCAAAUUUUGGAUCUCAGGGAUGUUUAUGAAAAGAAAACUAAGAAAGGACCCAACGGCCUGGAAUAUCGCCUUGAAAACCCAAAAGUAAUGGUAAAGGUGCACGCCGACCUGGAAAUCACUGAAGUAUGUGCAUUUGUAAAGAGGUGCGCCAGAGCUGCCAUGAGAACCCACGACAAUAGAGGUGCUGUUAAACUUACAGUCAGUAUUUUGGAAAAGGAGAAGAAGCGACAAGUCAUUUCUGUAGAUCUCGGUUCAGUCUACAAGAACCAAGAUGGAGACAAUUUUUAUUGGUUGGAGAAGGCAGAUGUCACUGAACGGAACAAAUGGGAAGUAACUCUUAAGAUAGAUUUAGUUUCUGGACUGACAGCAAGAGUGACAUCCCGACCAUUUCGAGUAACGACGAAAGUGAACUACAAGAGAAACAUCCAAGAUUAUUCCAGCGUGGGUAAAGUGCAAAACCUGAUUUGCAAUGUUAUGAGAUCAAACCAGACUUCGUCAGACAAUGAUCAUGUUAAUGAUGAUGUAUUCCUUGAAAGCAAUGAAAUGGAAAAGAAUCAUUUCAGGCAAAUGCAAGACACAAGAGCAAUGGCGGAUGAUAACGACGAUAAUCUGUUGACUCACAAUCUAUUGUGUUUUAAACUCGAUGAAACAGAUGACUGGUGGUCGAUAGCUUCUUCGAACAAUGUGAAUGACUCAAGCUCAGUGCUAAGCCCUCUAGCACAUGAAAGAAUAAUUCUGCAACCAAACACAAUUCUACAGAGACCCACGCUUGCAUCAUAUUUCGGUCAGAAAUCAGAGAUCAGUUGCAUUGUGGAACAACCUGAGCUUAGUGGUUUGCUAAAGCUGGUGAGAAAGCGAACUACUGGAGAGAGUGUAACCAGUAAACAAGAAAAGAAAACCAGGAGGAAGAAGUCUUUACUCGAUGCAAACUACGCAUGGGCUUGUGGAUACUGUUUUUUCGAACGUCGCAAGAAAUCAACAAUUAGGGCGCAUUUGAUCCAAGGAGUUUGUCAAAGAUCAAGAUUAUAUAGACGAAAGUCAAAGAAACGCCGUUCCUUUUCAGCAAGAGGGCGUCUUUUAAGUAAUGGCUUGGAAAAUUCUGACCUCGAAAAACACAAAGGGCGGUCAAAAUCAUGGUAAGGGAAGCGUAUAAAACCUCUGAAAUAUGAACUUCUGGAUAAAAAUGUAAAUCAUGAUACUUGUCUACUAUAGCAAUAAUAACAACAACGGGCUUAAUGCGGAAGCUUGUGUAUGAUUCACCACAAGUCACUAGGGUUAUUCCAGAGAUAUAUGAACCAAAACGUGUUGUACGUUUGAAUCCGGUCUUGCAGGUUGAAAGCCAGUCGUUUGUUAUUUUGCAGAAUGCAUGGUACAUAAUGGUUAAGUUCGUCAAGUAGGAUAGCAUGACAUACUGAAUCAAAAGUAUCCUUUAAGCACUAUAUAAAAACACACCACAAUAAAUAAGACAUUUGUCUAUAUUUCUCUGAAUGGUAUUUUCUAUGCAAACACUUCCAUGUUGAGUUGAGUGUUUUCCUCGAGGCCCAUACUGAGAACGUUAAGUAUAUCCUCAUUAUUGAUAAAGUACAGUA